UGAGAAGUCCAAGAAGCUGGACAUCAUAUCUGCAGCCGAUACGUUUUUGGGCCUCCAAGACUUCACGGCAGAAGCACUGCAAGGACUACUGUCGCCAGGAAAUGUUUCGUCAUCACAGGAUCCUUCUGAGCCAGGCUCUGUCGUAGCCGGCCGCGACCGGGUGACCGGGAGACCCAUGGGGCGGCGCACAAUUGGCCCAGCAUCGUCCAGGUAGGUGGCAGAAUGCACAUAUAAUUGUUACGAACGCCAUUAUACCAAAGAAGAAGAAGAAUCAUCAUGGCUGAACUAGACAUUGGGAAACAUUGUAACAUCAAGUCCUGCAAUCAAACAGAUUUUCUGCCAUUCAUUUGUGAUGCCUGCAGGGGUGUUUUCUGCCUUGAACACAGAAGUCGAGAUUUGCACUCUUGUCCUGUGGUGGACGUUAAAAAAGCAGUCCAGAUGUCUGGUGGCAGUACGAGCUACCCAUGCACAUUUGAGGAGUGCAAAGGGAAAGAACUGUUGCCAGUCAUUUGUCCACACUGUCAGAAACAUUUCUGUUUGGCCCAUCGUCACCAAGAUGACCACAAGUGUGAGAAACUGGAAACGCCCAAGCCUCGCAUGGCUGCCACGCAAGAGCUGGUGCAGAAGAUUGUAGAGUCCAAGAAGGCUUUGCCUCCAAGGAAAGGUCGCAAAGGAGCAAAGAACGCUGCAACAGCAGCCAAGGUGGCUUUGAUGAAACUAAAGCUUCAUGCUGCAGGAGACAAGGGACUGCCACAGACAGAGAGGAUCUAUUUCAGUGUCUUCCUUCCCAAAGAGGGCAAAGACUCCAGCCUGCCCAUGUUUUUCUGUUCCAAGUGGAGUGUGGGGAAAGUAGUGGACUACGCUGCCUCACUGGCCAGCCUCAAGAACAACAACAACGUACUAACGGCUAAGAAGCUGCGGCUGUGCCACCCCCAGACGGGCGAAGCUCUCAAGAUGGAUGACACCCUUCUCUCCCUGCUGGCUCACCCAGACUUGCCCCUCUACAAUGGGGGCAACGUGAUCCUAGAGUACCUGGACAACGACUGCUCAGGCCUGGAGGACACCUCUACCUACGUCUCACAGUCCUGACUCGCACACAGCACUGAUUGUCUAAAUCAUUUUGAGUCAUUGGAAUAAUAUACUACAUAUUUUUUUAUUUACGCUAAUAAAGCUUUGAUUUACAGCA